AAAAAAAUAUGCUUUCAUUUUUUUUAUGAUUUCACUUCAGCAAUAAUAUGCAUAUUGUCUUCUUUAAAAAGAGACCAACCUUUGGUCUGUAUUCAAAACAGUUUAUGAACUAUAACAAUUUAUUAGUGUACUUUUACGUCCACGUUCAAAAAGAGGGGGUGACAGAUAAAAAUCUUUUCAAGAAGCUGUAGUCAGGGUGUAAUUUGAACAAGCUGGGUCAGGGUCCAGCUCCUCCGAAUUAUGAUAACCUCAUUUUUUUAAAUCUAGCUACGUUUGGAAUUUCACAGAACACAGUUUACAGAAAUUCACUGCAAGUUUUAAAAUAAUUUAAGGUAGACUGAAUAUUAAUAUUAGGAAAAAACAGUUAAACACAUUCCUAAUUAUAUUUAAAUAUAUUUACAUCUCAUUUUAAUGUAAUAAUUAAAUAUAAAUAUAUUUAAUUAAUAUUACAAUAAAUGUAAAAACAAUCUACUUUUGAUCUCUUUGAUUGUCUGUUGACCCUGGGGUUAUGAUUGUGUCGACAGAAAAACUAUUUCACAUUGGUUUAAUAUUCAACUUGUGUUUAAAACAGGUGUUUCAUUAUUCCUACUGGAACCAAGAAAUUCAGAACAUGGAAAAUCAAGACCCUGCUGUUGUUGAUGUAAUAAAGGCCUCGGGCGAGUCCACUCUGGAAAAGGCUAAAGCAAAAGCUAAAACAAAAUUUGACCAGUUUAUUAAUAUCUCACUUAACAUCGCUGUGACUGGAAAGACAGGAUCAGGAAAAUCCUCCUUUGUAAAUGCACUUAGAGGUCUACAUGAUGAGGAUGAUGGAGCAGCACCUACUGGAGUCACAGAAACUACAAAGAUGCCCGACAUGUAUGAACAUCCUGAAAUGCCAAAUGUGAAGAUCUGGGACCUGCCUGGCAUAGGAAGCCCAAACUUUAAAGCAAAAAAAUACCUGAAAGACGUCAAUUUUAACACCUAUGAUUUCUUCAUUAUCCUUAACUCAGAGAGGUUCAUGGAGCAUGACAUCAUGCUGGCUAAAGAAAUAAGAAAACAGAAAAAAAGCUUUUACUUCGUUCGUUCCAAGAUUGACAAUGACAUGAAUUCAGAGAAAAAGAGAAAAGGAUUUGAUGAGCAGAAGAUUCUUUCCAAAAUAAGAGAGGAUUGUCAGAAAAACCUGAAAGAACUGGGAGACACCAAAGUUUUCUUGAUAUCGUCUUGUGAUUUGGAGAAAUAUGAUUUUGAAUCACUUCAAAACACUCUCGAAGAUGAGCUUCCAGAACACAAGAUGUAUGCUCUUCUACAAGCCUGGCCAGUGUGUUCUGCUGCAUCUCUUGAGAAGAAGAUCAAUAUGUUUAAACGGAUGAUCUGGGCUGCAUCUCUUGCCUCUGCUGCUGUAGCAGUCAUCCCUGUGCCUGGUGUAUCAGCAGCAUGUGAUGUAGGCAUGGUCGUGCUUUUCCUCACAAGGUGCUACUAUGCAUUUGGUUUGGAUGAUAGAUCACUGACUAGGCUUUCAGAAAAAGUUAACAAGCCUCACCUGAAAGAUCUGGCCAAAUCUAAAUUUGUUACUGCCAUCCGAGAAAAAGCACUGACCAGAUUGCAAGCGUCUGCUGCGCUCGCUGCCAUUGCUACUGUUGAAUAUUUGUUGAGUCUUCUUCCAGUUGUAGGCAGUGCUGCUGCUGCAGGAAUAUCCUUCGCUACCACUCAGUACCUCUUGAGAGAAGGAGUAAAUGAUCUGGCAAAUACGGCUCGGUUAAUCAGAAAAGAAGCUGGGCUUCCUUAUGUUCAUUGAUCGACGUCCAAUAGCGCAUGUAAACAUUUUCUGCCUCUGAGUAAAUCAGAUUAUAUAUAUAUAUAUAUAUAUAUAUAUAUAUAUAUAUAUAUAUAUAUAUAUAAAGAUUGUGUGUUGAUACUGAGUUAAGCAAAAAACAACAAAAAAAAAUCUUUGUCUUCAUAAUAUUAAGAGAAUCUAUGCUAAUGUCCAAGCAAACUAUAUACUGGACUAUAUGAUCACUUAAAAUGUUUUAAUUUAAUCCAUUGCUAUAUUUUCCUACUGCUUUUAUUGAUUCUUUCAAUCUAAUUUACAAUAAUCUCUUUCAUACAUUAUUAAAAAUAAAAUAAUAAAUUA